AGGGACAUAGUGGCUCAGUUGAAAACCUUGGAAGUUACCAUGUCUGAAUCCUUCCUGGUACAUUUCAUUUUGUGCACCCUACCUCAACAGUAUACACCCUUCAAAAUCUCCUACAACACACAUAAGGAUAAAUGGUCUAUUAAUGAAUUGAUGACCAUGUGUGUUCAAGAAAAGGAGAGAUUGAUAAUGGAAGAGGGUGAGAAGGUAAAUUUGACUACUUCUAAUUCUGGAAAGGAUAGGAAGAAGUCUGUAGGCACCAAUAAAGGAAAGAUUUCGACUCAACCAACAAUUAAAAAGGAGUCAAAGUGUUUCUUCUAUAAAAAGAAAGGACACAUGAAGAAGGACUGCCCCAAAUUUAAAAGUUGGUUUGAGAAGAAAGGGUAUGGAAAGCCUAAGGAAGCCAGUGGGAAGUGAGCAGUGCAUCUACUCAGGGAGUAGGAUGAGCUCACAUGUAGAGGCCAUUGGAACGUGCGUCUUAGUCUUAAGUAGUGGCUUUAAAUUACAUUUGGAGAAAGUUUUUUAUGUUCCUAGUUUCUGUAAAAACUUAAUUUCUGUUUCUAAACUUGCACCUUUGGGAUUUUAUUUUAAUUUUACAGACUUUGGUUUUAAUUUACUAAAUAAAUCUGAAAUUAUUGGUUGUGGUCAA